UAAUCCAUGACAGACAGAUGUCAGAUUUCUUAAUCAGUUGCAAUAUAUCGUAUCGUAGCAAAUUUUUGUCAAUUACUAAACAGCUGUCCUGAUUCCAUAUUUAUAUUAGAAUAAUCUUCAGUAGUAUGUAAAGGAAUCAUCUAAUCAAAGUGCCAGUUUUGUGAAAAAACAUUACACUAAUGUAAUUUAAGGUGUCACCGUAAAUCCUUGAUAAUCUUUUUGUCUAAGAAUGUCGAUUCCUCCACUCGUUUGCAGUACUCCACCACCACCCGAUCAGUGUGAAGAUGACAAAGACCCUGGGGAUUUCGAUUUAUCAUACAGUUUAUCACAAGAGGAUGAUGAUGAUGAAAACAAUGACUACAGCUAUGGCAACUUUUCUACAUUUAAUAAUUAUCAAUCUGAUAUCAAACCAUCUGAACUUGAAGACCAACAGGUAACAAACAAUGUAGAUACUGGAGUACAUAAAGAUAUAUUUAUGGAAUAUGAACACAGUAAUGAAACUGAACAAAGUAAUAUUAUCCGAGAUGAGUUUGAAGCCAAUGAUAUCAGUGAAAACAAAUUUAAAUGUGAAGAAGAUAUGAAUAUUGAGGAUUUAAAUUUGAAAUUGGAUGAAGAAAUUGUAACUAAUAUAGUUGAAAAUAAUGAUGAAAAUGAGAUUAGUGAUCAAAACACUGACUGUUUAAAAGACUUAAAUAUUCCAUGUAAUUCUAAUAGUAGUAGCCAAGAUGAUGAUAAUACUAAUGCAUCUCUAGAGAAUGUGAUAGAAUCAAUUGCUGAUAUAAAAGAAUCACAUAUUGAUACCAAUGAAAUUAUUGGUGAACAGCCUAGUGACGUAAAUACUAAACAUGAUACUAAAGCAGAAGAUGUUGAUCUCAGCCCUUUUGAAGGCAACAUAUCCAAAUCCCCGAUCAAUAUAAAUGAACUACUAAAAGGUGAAAGUUCUUUAGAAAAUAUUGAAGACAUUCCAGAAAAGAUACAAUCUGUGAAAGAGUUUGAAAGUGAACCAAGUGAAAAUGUGGCCGAUGAUGACUUUGGAGAUUUUGAUGAUUUUCAAUUUGCUUCUACUGGAAGUAAUGUCGCCAGUGUUGUUGACAGCUCAAAUCCAUGGGGAAGUAGUAAUGAAGCCACUGAAGAAGAUUUUGGUAACUUUACUGCUAACUUCGAAGAAAGUAAACCCCAAAAUCCAGUUACAUCACAUUCAGAAGAUGAAUCACCUACAAGUGACCAGGUUAAGGAAAAUGAUGAUUUCAAAGAUGAUGAUGACGAUUUCGGCGACUUUGAUGAUUUCCAAUCAUCCACUGUUAAAACUGCAUCAAGUGAAGCUCAGGAAGAAGACACAUGUCAAGAAAUGUCAGUUCUUAAUUUACAAUCUUCAGAUAAUGAGAACCAUAUCAUGGAGAGUGUUACUAAAGUAUUAACAUCAGUUUUUAUUGAAGAAAUAUCUGAACCUGAUGAAGAGUUUGAAGGCAAACUGGAAUCAUUGCUCAGUGAAACAUGGGGCCACUUGAUGGAAACUGAUGAAAGACAACCAUAUAUUGUAAACUGGAACAAUUCAUUAGGACAAAAAACACUACUAAAAGCUUUGUGUAUUGAUUCCAGAAAUAUUCUAUUUGGACCAAAAUGGAGUAGCCACAUGCCCAAAUACGCAGCUAACUUAAGUGUUGCACCUCUUCAACCACAAAAACAAGCUUCUAGUACAUCUAAUGUUAGUCAAAGUGAAGUAGUAGCUGAAAAAACUUCAAGCAAGCCUACGGCAUGGUCUGAUCCAUUCACUGCAGAUGGACAAGAAUUCACCUAUGCCGAAGCCCUUCUCCUUGACCUAGAACACCUAAUGGCCACCCUAGACCAAAUGGCUCAUAACCAUUCUACUCUCAAGAUAUCUGAGUUACUGUCACAUGCUUGUAACACAGAACACGAGAGCUCAGCCAUAACGCCCAGGCCAACAGAUUUAGAUGUGUUUGAAGCUGCCAUGUCCUCCAAGCCUGAGAAGAUAUACUCAAGUACUCUAAACGUACAGCCUAUAAGGCAAAUCAGUUUACCCGACACGCACAUAUUCACACCAACCGACUCAGAAAUACCUCGCUCUAAAACGAUCCACUAUGAUGCCGGCCCAACAGUCCUAAUGCCACAACCAGUUGUUGCGGACGACAAAAAUCUGACAAACAACCCUCUUACAUCGAAUCUAAAUAGUGGGACUUCACCUAACACAGCAGAAGACUCUGAGUACUGGGAAUUCCAAGAUUUCAAGGGCACAUCCAACUCCAAUCCUGCACCAGAUUUAACAAGUCAACAUGGAGUAUCAGAGGAGAAGAAUUUCGAGACUGCCAGAACUGUGAAUGCGUUACCGAAACCAAGUAUUGCGUACCAAACGCAAUUAUUACAACCCAUUAAGGUGGAGCCAUCCAUGCCUACACUAAAUUGGCCUGCACCUGGUGAAGUUAAAGCCACCUAUGACGAUUUUACCGACUUUGUAUCAAUAUCGUCUCAGUCAACUGAAACACGGGACAGCGCCAAUAUACAUAUGCCAGAAUCGGAAAACCAAAUAAGUAUCGAGACCAGUUCGAAUAAUAAUCUGCAUGACUUCAAUGUGAAGAGUGAAGAAGCUCCGGAAGUUAUAAAGCAGGAAAGUGACGGCUUUGAUGACGAAUUUGAUACAUUUAAAUCAGCACUGCCCUCAAAAAAUGUGCAGAAAGACUUAAAGACCAACAGUUUUGGAAAUUCAUUUACUCAAAUGCCUUCACGCCAACCUGCAGACAGCAAGUCUGAGUCCAUAUCAUUUGCGACAAUGCCAACAGCAAAAGAAGCUUUAACCCAGCAAAUGAGUUUCUCUUCGAAUCCAUCAGACCUAGGCAGUUCAAGCAUGCAGACGCAAUCAAGAAUUCUGCAACCUAUGUCAACUAAUUUCAGCUCAGUAAACACGCAAAAUCAACGUACGACUGGUCAAAUACUCCAACCAUUGUCUUUAGAAAGUUACUCGCAAAUAAACUGGCCGAGUCCUGGUAUAGACUUGCAGGAUCUAUCGAGGUUCAAUCCAGUGGAAACAUUACAAUCACUGAAAAGCGAUUUAAGUAUGGGUAGUGCGAGUAAGGUUGCAUCGCCAGUUCACACGCAAAAAAAUACCGUAAUGAACCAAUCAGAUGACGACGUAUGGGGGGACUUCGUAUCAAGCAAACCCAAGCAGCAGCCGUCUGCACCGAAGAAACCAUUGGUUUUUGCUGAAGACGACGAAUGGACAGAUUUUAUAUCAAGCCCUAGUGUAAAGCCCCAAAAUGGUUUAAACACAAUAAGUUUAAAUGUUCACACUAAUUCAAAUAUCCACAAAACAGAGCAAAAUAAAUUCUCUAUAAAAAACAAUCAGACGCCUGUUGAUAUUCCGACAUUAAACUACAUCACACCCAAAUCAAACCCCCACAAGACAUACAACGAUAAGCAUUUCCAAAACUUAUAACAAAACAAACACAUCCAUUAUUAUUGUUCUCUUAAUUUAUAACUGUACUUAAUAUAAUAAGUAUUACAUCAAAAUAUAAUUAUGUAAAUAGGGUGGUGGUGUAUCAGUAUGUAUAAUUUGUAAUAUUUUGUUAAAGUAUAUAAUUGCAGUUCGAUUUUGCACUAGAUUUAGUAGUAGGAUAUUUGUACCCAUUUAUUAGCUGUUACAUUUAGCACUUGCACAGUAUGACUUUGAUAAGUUUUUAGUUAGAUUCUUCAUAAAGUAAUAUGAGGUAAGUGCACCAGAUGUAUCAAAAUAAUUAUGUAUUUGAUUCAUAUUUCAUUUGUUUGAAUCGUCAUAAUGUGCAAGUUUGAAUUAAUCAGAUCCCGUCCUUAUAAUUAUGUUUUGAAUUAGUAAACAAUACAUUUCUGUGUUUGUGCAUUUAAAAGUAAGUGUUUUGUUAAUACAAAAGUAAGCCAGUAAAAGCAAUAUGUUAUUGUAAAAUUAUGAAUUGAUUUAUUUAUAGUAUUUGUAUAUAAUGUGAAUUACAUAUGUAUAAAUUGUAAAUUUAUUUAGAGGUGUAUAAAAGUAAUUACACAAAGAAGUUCUUGUUUUGUUAUUAAGAUACUGAGAUAUAUGAUAUUUAUAUCAAAACUGGUUCAUAGAUUGUGUAAUUUGAAGUAAGGCACUAAAUAACGUUGUGAACAUAAACAUGCUCUAUAAAUUAUUGAAAUGUUUGAAAGUAGGUUGAUGAUGAUCUAUGUUUAGGCAUUGUUAAUAUAUAAAGUGAAUACUAUUUUCCAGGAUUAUAUUUUUGUCAGUAUUUUAAAAUAACCUUUGUUUAAAUAAUUUAUUUGUAGUGAUUUAAUCUUUCAGAUACCUAAUAUUUGUAUUACCUUUGAAAUUCAAUGUAAUUUUUAUCUAUACUGUCCCAAUUGGUUGUAGCAGUCAAAUAUUCGAUGGUUUAUCAUAAUGUAAAUAAUGAGACUUAUAUCCUUUAAAA